CCUCCAUUUCGAUCGAUCGAAGCUCAUCUCAAUCGAUCGAAAUCCAUUUGGAUCGAUAGAAAUAAGUGGUCGAUCGAUCGAAGACCCCUUUGAUCGAUCGAAAUUAUGUCUUUUGAACUUCCGGAACUGGCUUUAGCCAUUGGCCUUCCUACCCCAACCCUAAUUUUUUAUUAUUUUUCUCUCUCCUCCCUUCUUUUUUCUUUUCUUUUCUUUCUCUUCUUCUUUUCUUUUCUUUUAUUUCUCUCUCUACCUCCCUCUCAACUUUCGGUGUUUUUUUUCUCUCUCUCUCCUCACAAAAUCUCUUCUCUUUCUCUCAAUCUCUCAAGACUUCUUAAGCUUCCAACUCCGGUGAACCCACUCCAUCCACCAUCUCUACCUUCUUUCCCUUCCUCAUUCCGGCAAAACAAGACGCCGUCAAGCUCCAUUAAUUCCGGCGAAGAGUUUUGGCCCAAGGGCCAAGCCGUCAUCUCUCUUCACUCUACCUGUCUCGGGUUCCCUCGUUUUAGUCGUCUCCGGCUGAUUCCGGCCAAUGAGACUCCGAUCUCCAUCUCCGGCGAGUCCUACACUUUCUGGCGAGCUUCCGGUCACGGUGAGGCCGGAAAUCCUCCAUUUCACUCCGAACCUCUUCAUUUCAAUCCUCUCUUCCUUCUCUUGGUUCGGAUACAGCGUAGACAAAAGACACUUGCUAGAAAAAGAGUACACAGAGCUCCACAGCAUCCUCCAUCUCCAGAGGCAGAGUCUUCUUUGUUUUCAUCUUUUGCUACUACAGCAUCUACAGUAGUCCAUACAGAGCCAUCACUUAUGGAGGCCUAGGGUCCUAUUAUCUGAGCAGUACCUUUUUUCUCUUACUCUUGUAGGAAACUGGAGCCCGAGUAUAGAUUUGACCGUAAUCUAUUUUUUGAGUUGGAGCAGACCAAGUGGUCUUAUGAUGAGCUCACUCGCAGGGGCAUUGAUGCCAUUAUGACACCAGCAGGCACUAUAGCCAAUCCCCAGGUGCAUUGAGCUAAAAGGCGAGCAAAGGAGCUAAGCAAAGCAAGGAAAAUGCUAAAAUCUAAAAAAUUUUGCAAAGCUAAAACUGGAAAAUGAAUUGAAGUGCUAAAGGACCCUUUGCCAUGACUCGAUACAAGACUAUUGCCAAGCGGCAACAUGGCCAACAGAGGAGAGUCAGGCAGAGGACAGAGGAUCCAAGAGAGCCCUCUCACAUUCAGGAGGAGCCAGUAGAGCUUACUCCACCUCAGUCUCCAUCUUCUGACAGCAGAUUGCACUCCUCUGCUUGUGCAUCAUCUUCUCCUCAGGCUGAUCCUGAGUACAUACCAUCUCUAUCACCACCACCAGCUCAGCCAGCCCAGCACUUAGACCGGCCAUUGCCGAGAUACUCACGCCUUUCAGUGGCGUAUGAGUCAAUUUUUGAUAUAGACUUCUUCUCCCGGUAUAGUCUGACCUGGCAUGCAUGCGAUGACAUUGACCGCAGGGGCAUUUUAGCCAUUCUAGCCACUAUUACAUACCCGGUUUACCCGAGGCUUGUUUGGAUGUUCUUCCAGAACCUUCGACCGACCCUGAGUAAUCUGGCGGAGCUGCGCACUACCGUGGAUGGCCAUCCUAUCAGUAUCAUUGUGGACACUUUAUCCAGAUCUUGCCGAUGUCCACAUCUCUGCCCUCCAGAUCUCCAGGAUACCUAUCCUACUCUAUGGAGGCCAUCAUAUGCAUUUAUGGCCGAGGCACUUACAGGCCUUUAUAGUGAGGGCGACACAUUUGCUACUUACACUUAUCUCCCUAAUGACCUAUGGUUCUUUGAUUCGGUGUUGUACCGAAAUGUAUUUAUGGUCGGCCACAAGAUACAGAGGCGUGGCGAUUUUCUGACAGCUCUUUAUGCAUUCUACACAGGGUGCUGGCUUUCCAUUCCAGCACUGAUAUGGAGCGUCAUGAUGAAGCUCUAUACAGACCAUAUCAGCAAGGCCAAGCCCAAACGGGCUAAGUUUCUUCCAUUUGGCCAUCUCAUUACACAGAUUUUGCGAGACCAGUGCUAUCCCUUCCAGCCACGGGAGCGUCCUGAGACUGGGUCCUGUUCAUUCACGAAGCAAGAUUGGAAUAAGACCUAAACUGCUCUUAUCAAGAGUCUACAGGAGGAUGCUACAGAGGCAGCUGAGGAGCUUGAGGAGGCGGAGAUAGCAACAACAACAACAGAGGCAGACGCACCAGUAGCAGUGGACGAUCCAGUAGUCGAUCCAACUGCCAUAUAUCUAGAUAUUGAUUUAGAGUGAGAGCUGACAGUAGAGGAUCUUCCACAUUACUCUCCGGCAGGGUCGCCCAUUCAUGAUGAGGAGCAGGCUCAGGAUCAUCAUUCUCCCGAUCCAGUAGUACCUGAGGCUCCAGCACAAACACCCAGCUUUGGAGAGCAUCUUCAGGCUUUAGAGGAUGGCAUGGUUUCCAUCCGGGCUGACAUUGCUUCACUCCGUACAGAUGUCAUAGCCGCAUUGCGAGACCUAUCCAGAGACAUCCACAGAGCACGCCCUACCUGUCUUUCCUCCUCCACUUGAUCUUUCCAUUCUUCUUAUUCCUUUUAUAUAUAGGUGAUAUCUACAUACUUUUGAUACUGUUAUAGUAUUUUUGCAGCCAGUCUGUUGGCCUUGAUACUGGAUGUACAUUUAUGUUAUUCAUUUUCUUUAUGCCUAAUUCUGUUUUGUUUUGGAUGUCAUGUUGUAUAUUGAUAUAUCUGUUUGACUCCAUCUAUCAGGUGCAUCCCAGUGACUCCAGUGAGUGAGUGCUGCCUAAAUUUAUUAAGACCACCCUUAUACCUCUUUCUCUAUUUUCAGUUACUAUCCCAUUUACACUU